AUGGACCAAAAUCUCUCGGUACGGAGGCCUCAGAUUCCUACCCAAGGCACGAAUGCGAGAAGCCAAGGCCCCAGCUUGCUCAAGCUGAUUCAGCUGCUCAAGAACACAGUCGAAGAGAUGGGUCCCAUCAGGCCAGAUACGGAAAAGCGUGUGGAGAGUGUGCCCCUGACUAGGCCUGAUCGGGUUUGGGGCAAGGCGAUCCACUUCUUGUCAUCCCCACCAACACAACACCGUCUCUCUUCCAGGGUUCAGAACAGCACUGCAACCUCUGUCUGCUGCCUCAAAAUCCUUCUCCCAUCCACACGAAACCAUCUCAACAAUCCCAACACCAUCAAGAUGCACUCCCAGACGCUCCUCCUCAGCCUGGCCGGCGUGGCCGCUGCCAACCUUGCUGGCCACCACAUGGCUGUCAGGCGCGAGCUCGAGGCUCGCCAGACCGACGACAGCUUCUCUGCCUGCGCCGAAGCCAUGAUGUCGCUCGUCACCGACAUGCCGACCCCUCCCGCGGCCCUGACCGAGCUGUCCGUGACCGAUCCCUGCAGCGUGACGAUCCCCCCCUCGCUCGAGUCGGCCUACUCGAGCUACAUGAGCGAGGUCUCGUCGUGGAACGCCGAGCACGCCGACGAGUACAGCUCGGCCCUCGCCCUGUGCCCUGAUCUCCCCACCAUCACCGACAGCGGCGAUAUCGCCGAGUGCACCGACUCGGCCGGCAACAGCGGCAGCCCUACUGCUGGUUCCUCCUCGGACUCCGACAGCGGGGAUGCCGAGGAGACCGAUUCCGGCUCGACCUCGGGCUCGGGCUCGGCGACGCGCACCGGUUCCGGCGCCAGCGCCGGCGCCACCUCCACCUCUGGGUCUAGCUCCGGCUCCGGCUCGGGGUCGUCCGGCAGCAGCAACAACAAUAACAACAACAACAGCAACGGCGGUUCUUCUGGCAAGCCUAGCGCCGCUCACCGGGAGACGGGCUUCGUCGGCGCUGCUGUUGCCCUGGCUGGUUUCAUCGGCGUCGUCGCUCUUCUCUAA